AGGGGCGUGGACCUGGGUCCGUUAGGUCGAAUGUUUUCCAUUGUCAAACGCUUCUCAUAGGCUUCCCCUCCAACGCUGAGGCGGAGCCUACUCCUUCUUGCUCCCUUUUGGGUUGUGCAACCCUCAGUGGAACCAACGCCAAAAGCCCCAGGGAGACAGUAAGGCGGGCCCUCAGAACGAAAGUCCCCAUUGGCUUCGCUGCUUGAGGAAGGGUGGAAUGGUGCAGCCGCUCUUGUUAUUCAUUGGUCCGGUGAUUCUAUGGGGUGGGACUUGGCUGGGCCUAAAUUCGAUCCGCGGUCGGGGACCGGUUUCAGGGCGAAGCUGCCAUGCGUCCCGGGGGCCGCGGGCGGUCCCGGCUACGGCUCGGGGAACGCGGCCUCUUGGAGCCAUCCUUACCGCCCAGUCGCCGCCUGCUACCGCGGGUGCAGCUGUUGCCCCUGCUGCUGCUGGCUCUGGCCGUGGCCUCCGCGUUCUACACCAUCUGGAGCGGCUGGCACCGCCGAACUGAAGAGCUGCCGACGGGCCGGGAGCUGCGGGGCCCGUUGAUCGGAAGCCUCCCCGAAGCCCGAAUGCGGAGGGUGGUGGGGCAACUUGACCCACAGCGUCUCUGGAACACUUAUCUGCGCCCGCUGCUGGUUGUGCGGACCCCGGGCAGCCCAGGCAAUCUCCAAGUCAGAAAGUUCCUGGAGGCCACUUUGCGGGCCCUGACGGCAGGCUGGCAUGUGGAACUGGACCCCUUCACGGCCUCAACGCCCCUGGGGCCACUGGACUUUGCCAACGUGGUGGCCACACUGGACCCAGGAGCUGCCCGUCAUCUCACCCUUGCCUGCCAUUAUGACUCAAAGCUCUUUCCAUCUGGGUCAGCCCCCUUUGUGGGGGCCACGGAUUCAGCUGUGCCUUGCGCCCUGCUACUGGAGCUGGCCCAGGCCCUCGACCAGGAGCUGAGCAAGGCCAAAGAUCAGGCGGCCCCGGUGACCCUGCAGCUGCUCUUCUUGGAUGGUGAAGAGGCGCUGAAGGAGUGGGGACCCAAGGACUCUCUCUAUGGCUCCCGGCACCUGGCCCAGCUCAUGGAGUCUGCACCCCACAGUCCCGGUCCCACCAGGAUCCAGGCUAUUGAGCUCUUUAUACUUCUUGAUCUCCUGGGAGCCCCCCAUCCGACCUUCUACAGUCACUUCCCGCGCACAGCCCGCUGGUUCCAUCGGCUAAGGAGCAUUGAGAAGCGCCUGCACCGUUUGAACCUGCUACAGUCUCAUCCCCAAGAAGUGAUGUACUUCCAGCCUGGGGAGCCCUUUGGCUCUGUGGAAGACGACCACAUCCCCUUCCUCCGCCGAGGGGUCCCAGUGCUCCACCUCAUCUCCAUGCCCUUCCCCUCUGUCUGGCACACGCCUGACGACUCUGAGGCCAACCUUCACCCUCCCACAGUACACAACCUGAGCCGCAUCCUCGCCGUGUUCCUGGCUGAAUACCUGGGGCUCUAGCCUGCCCUGCUGACUGAAGGAGCAGCGCCCAGCAGGGGCUGUGCCCAGGACCCCUGGAGCCAGUGGAGCUCAGGCCGGGCCCGCCUCGGGUGUGCCGGCUUGUUCUUUUUCAUUUUGGCUCUGCUUGUGUUAUGAUUGGAAGACCGUCUUUCCUUUGACUAUCUCAAGGUGCCACUCUUCAAAGACUUGGAAGAGACCACUGUGGGGUGAAAGCCAAAGGAAUAAGAGCUUGGCCCCUGCUCAGAGGGAAAGACUUGGGCUGAAGGUUUACAGGGGCCACAUGCUGUUGUCAGAUUUAGUCAGCAAACCAUGGACUGGCAUAUGGACCAGCAACACCACCCAACCAAAUGAAUUAUCUGUGGCUUUCAUUUUUGUGUCAGUUCGUUUUCCAGAAUGGCAGCCUUGCUACUGCACCAGUCCCAGCCAUGUGAGGCCCACGGAGGCUGUGCUCAUAGGCAGGAACAGAGAUGAAAGCCAAAUUUUGGGAACUCAAGACUCUGCCAGAUCCAAUGGGCGAUAAACCAGUGUUUCUGCAAAACAUAUUCUGCAGAACUAGCAUAAUACGUGUUGCAUGGAAAAAGGGAUCAAAGAAGCGGGGCAAGACAACAUUAAAAGAAUUUCAUAGCA